AUGAGUAACAAUCUACAUGAAUUUCAGAACUACGACAGUAGCUUUUAUGGGGAUGCUAUUGAAGAACUUAGCGCAGAGAAGUUAAAAGGGUACACUGUUAGUGAUCUAACCCUUAGGGCGCUAACAUUAUGUCGAUUCAAGCGCCCUUCCUCAUACAUUGAAUGUGUCAAGACGGAACAAGGGGAUCAUCAAAUAUCAAUCGUCGACGAUGCUUUGACGGAAAAACGUCUAGACGAGUCAAUAACAUUAUCCAAUAAUCUGCAAUCUUUCUCAUCCUCUAAUCUCUCUGACAUCAAUUCUACAGUUGUGGAGGGGGAAGAUGAACUGACGGUUGUUGCCUCGAUAGCGUCGAGGAGUGAAGAAUGCAGUCACCCAUGCUCCAGCAAUAGAACUAGCAAUGAUGAGGAAACUGAGCUUGGUGUGACGGAACUGGUAGAAGCACUUCAACAUUUGUCGCGGGACGCACGUUUUCGCAGUAUUCGACCACUCUGGCGCGAUCCCAACUCGCGGCUUCUACCCAGCGACGAGACAGCUUCAGUCGAAGCAAUGCUACGGGAGUAUAACAACCUCCUCCUUACCGCUGCUACUACCCCUAACGUUUCUUCUUCACUAAACUCUCAGCUGGCCGUUCGUCGGCCCUAUCACUCCACUCUCAACCGGUGGCGACAACAGGAACGCAUCCAAGUAGAAAACUUUAUUCUAGCAAAUCGUCUGCGCAACAUUCGGCCUAGCCCAGAAACUUCGAGGGAGGCGCUUUUGAAGCAUUACAGGGAAUAUUUCAUCACACCCGUCACUGCUCAGUGUCUUACCAAAAUGCCAACCCUAGACUCCGACUCUUCGUUGCCAAGGUGUCGUCCUCGCUGCUCUUCGGCCCGCUCCACUCAGAUAGGUGCUUCGAGGCCACUAAAGUCCUUUAACAGCAGCAUUUCCUCACGGGCUACUCCGGCACCUCCUCGAGCCUCUGCCUGUGGCUGCACCUCCACCUCUCGAGGCUCUAUUGUGGAGACUCCACGAUCUCGUGAGGUUCUCAAAAGCCUAAACUCCGUGCGUAGGGCACUCCACGAGCAGCGUGUCAAAGGCAAACUCUAG